UGCGCCUGCAAGACCGCCGCCCACCUGAGCCUCACACGAUGCUCCUCUCACCUUCGGUUCUGACAGACCGACCGCUCCAACUGCGUGCGAGUGUUUGAAGUCCCACCUCUCCACUCAGUCGUCAUACGUUUGAGCGGGUGUCCCCACUUCCAUUUCCUCACCCUUAACCACUUGUCCCUGCUACUGUGUUCCUUCGCCCUGCUCCGCCAAGGGUCCUCGGUUUUCUCUCAGCCUCUGACCCAUGGCGCUGCAGGCGCUGCACAGCUCGGGGGUGGCCUUCCGCAAGAUCCUGUCUCACUUCCCCGAGGAGCUGAGCCUGGCUUUCGCCUAUGGCUCCGGGGUGUACCGCCAGGCGGGUCCCAAUUCAGACCAGAAGAAUGCAAUGCUGGAUUUUGUGUUCACAGUAGAUGACCCUAUUGCAUGGCAUUCAGAAAACCUGAAAAAGAAUUGGAGCCACUACUCAUUUCUAAAAGUUUUAGGGCCCAAGAUGAUCACAUCUGUCCAGAAUAACUAUGGCGCUGGAGUUUACUACAAUCCAUUGAUUAUGUGUGAUGGUAGGCUUAUCAAAUAUGGGGUUAUUAGCACCAGUAUUCUAAUUGAAGAUCUCCUUAACUGGAAUAACUUAUACAUUGCUGGACGCCUCCAAAAACCGAUUAUAUCUGCCUUUAAUUUCAUCUUAAAUAUAAACCUCUUCUUAUUGGAAUUUUUAAGACUCACUGCUCUUGCCCUCAUCAAAUGCAGUGACUUUCGGAUGGUGAUUGGAGAGGAUAAGACAAAAGUGUUGAACAUUGUACUGCCCAACAUGGCCCAUUUCCGCGAGCUGUACAGCAGCAUUCUACAGGAGAAUCCCCAAGUGGUGUAUAAAACCCAGCAAGGCAGACUGGAGAUAGAUAAAAGCCCAGAAGGACAAUUCACUCAGCUGAUGACAUUGCCCAAAAYCUUACAGCAACGAAUAAAUCACAUUAUGGAUCCUCCAGGAAAAAACAGAGAUGUGGAAGAAACUUUACUCCAACUUGCUCAUGAUCCUGACUGCGGUGAUGUGGUGCGGCUGGGGCUUUCAGCAAUCGUGAGACCUUCCAGUAUAAGACAGAGUACCAAAGGCAUUUUUACUGCUGGCUUGAAGAAUUCAGUGAUUUACAGUUCACUAAAACUGCACAAAAUGUGGAAAGGAUGGCUGAGGAAAACAUCCUGAUUUUGCUUGCUUUUUAUAAGUGUUAUGUAUAGAUGAAUAAAGUGUUUGAUCCUUUUUAACAGAACAGCGUUUGUUACCUUGACCCACUGCGUGAAUUUUGAAGAGACUGCUAUUUGUCUUCUAUUUGAUUUUUUUGAAAUGUAUUCAUCAGAUAUUUACCCAGGUGGGACUCCAAAUAUGUAAGAGGGCUGAGCAGCCAAAGAAGAGAACCAUGAGUCCUGCAUUUUGUAGACAUUGGAGAGUCGGAGACAUGACAGGUGAUGUGUGCCCAGAUGGACAUGCAGUCCAGGAGGAUUGCAGGCUGGGCAGGCGGAGCUUGACCUGUCUGCUUCUGUCCAUAGUCUCCCUCUUAUUUCCUCUGGCUUUGCCAGCAAGAGUAUCGUGUGAGGAUUUUUCUGGAUUAGGCUUUUUACCUUUUUGUUUUCCACGGUGUGUGACAGAGUGACUUUCGGAUGAGGAGCCUGAGACAGACACUACAGAGCCUACAGACACGUUUAGGCAACAAGACCUCCAUGACAGUUACCUGGACUAACAGGAUGGACUCAUUCAUUCUCCCCAGUCUCUUUCCAUCUCUCUGCUGUCCGUCCUUCACAGUGUUGGUGUCUUACUGAAGCUGGCUCCCCUCAUAGUUGUGAGAAUGCUGGCAACCAUUUCCAGGGCUGUCGUUUCCCCGUUCCAUUUUGGGGAGACAGAAGAUUCUUUUCAGGACUUAUCUUAGAAAAGCAAGAAGGAAAACUUCCCAGCAGCCCCCAGCAAGCCUCUGUUUGUAUUCAUGGGCCCUAAUUGAGUGACAUAUUCAUUCCUGAGCCAUUAAGUGACAGAAGGAUGGACCAUGCUGACGAGCUCAGGCCUGAGCUCCUUACCCCUCUCCAAGAGGCCGCUGCCCCACAGGCUCUGGGACUGCGGAGAAUGACUGGACACCUGAAUAGAAACUGAGGAGGAAGGGCGUCAAGAAGCAAGCCCGUAUCCAUCUCAUUACAUGGAUCUGUCCAGUCAAAGCUCAAGAUUCUUUUUUCCUUCACAGCCAUGUGACUUUGGAUGAAUUGUUUAA